AGCUACCCUGAGCGGCGGGAGAACGCGGCGAUCCGGGGUCGGGUUGAGGAGCGCGGUGCGGGCGGCUCGUUGCCCAGCUCAACCGCAGCCGUCCUCCGUGCCUCGAGCAGCCGCUUCCUUCCCUCCCCUCCCCUGCACUCCGGCCUGGGGUCUCGGGCGGGGAACGGAGGGAAGGGACGAAAGGAGGCGAAAGCGGAGUGAGGGGCGGAGGGGGUCCCGGCGCGGAGCGAGGCGCGCGCUGCUCUCGUUCUCUCUCUGCAGCCGCCGCCUCCUCGCCGGGUGCCGCGGCCCCGGGGCGCGCGGGACUCCCGAGGCGCCCGCACUAUGCAGGCGGACUGCCGGCCGCCGCGAUGGCGAGCCGAACGGUGGUGAGAGCAGGGCGCAGCCCGCACCGUCCCGGAGUCCGGGCCGCGGCCGCCGCCCCCGCCCGGGCCGCGCUCCCCCACUCUCGCUCCGGCCUCCUCUCUCCCCGCUCCAACUCCUCCUCCUCCUCCCCUAUGCCUCUGUCUCUCCUGCUCUUACUUAUCCUGCUCCUGCUGCUUGAGGACGCUGGAGCCCAGCAAGGUGAUGGAUGUGGACACACUGUGCUAGGCCCUGAAAGUGGAACCCUUAUGUCCAUCAACUACCCACAGACCUAUCCCAACAGCACCGUUUGUGAAUGGGAGAUUCGUGUAAGGAUGGGAGAGAGAGUGCGCAUCAAAUUUGGUGACUUUGACAUUGAAGAUUCUGAUUCUUGUCAUUUAAAUCACUUGAGAAUUUAUAAUGGAAUUGGAGUUAGCAGAACUGAAAUAGGCAAAUACUGUGGUCUGGGAUUGCAUAUGAACCAUUCAAUCGAAUCAAAAAGCAAUGAAAUCACAGUGCUGUUCAUGAGUGGAACCCAUAUUGCUGGACGAGGAUUUUUGGCCUCAUACUCAGUUAUAGAUAAACAAGAUCUCAUUACUUGUUUAGACACUGCAUCCAGCUUUUUGGAACCUGAGUUCAGUAAGUACUGCCCGGCUGGUUGUCUGCUUCCUUUUGCUGAGAUAUCUGGAACUAUCCCUCAUGGAUACAGAGAUUCCUCGCCGCUGUGCAUGGCCGGGGUGCACGCAGGGGUGGUGUCCAAUGCCGUGGGCGGCCCGGUCAGCGUGGUCAUCAGCAAGGGCAUCCCGUACUAUGGAAGUUCUCUGGCUAACAACGUCACGUCUGUGGUGGGACACUUAUCUACGAGUCUUUUCACAUUUAAGACAAGUGGUUGUUACGGAACUCUCGGGAUGGAAUCGGGCGUGAUUGCCGAUCCUCAGAUAACGGUGUCGUCUGUGCUCGAGUGGACCGACCACACGGGGCAGGAGAACAGCUGGAGGCCCGAGAAGGCCAGACUGAAGAGACCAGGACCUCCGUGGGCUGCUUUCGCCGCUGACGAGUAUCAGUGGUUACAGAUAGAUCUGAACAAGGAAAAGAAGAUAACAGGCAUUGUGACCACUGGCUCCACCAUGGUGGAGCAUAAUUACUAUGUGUCAGCCUACAGAAUUCUCUACAGUAAUGAUGGGCAGAGAUGGACUGUGUACAGAGAGCCUGGUAUGGAGCAGGAUAAGAUAUUUCAAGGAAACAAAGAUUAUCACCAGGAUGUGCGUAAUAACUUUUUGCCACCAAUUGUUGCACGUUUUAUUAGAGUGAAUCCUACCCAAUGGCAGCAGAAAAUUGCCAUGAAAGUGGAACUGCUUGGAUGUCAGGCUCUUCAUAAAGGUCGUCCUCCAAAACUUACUCAACCUCCGCCACCUCAGAACAGCAACGACCUCAGAAACACGACAGCCCCUCCAAAAAUAGCCAGAGGUCGUGGCCCAAAAUUUACUCAACCACUACAACCUCGCCGUAGCAAUGAAUUUCCUGCACAGACAGAACAAACGACUGCCACUCCUGAUAUAAAAAACACGACCGUAACGCCAAACGUCACAGAAGAUGUAGCCUUGGCCGCCGUCCUUGUCCCCGUGCUUGUCAUGGUCCUCACCACUCUCAUUCUCAUAUUAGUGUGUGCUUGGCACUGGAGAAACAGAAAGAAAAAAACUGAAGGCACCUACGAUUUACCUUACUGGGACCGGGCAGGUUGGUGGAAAGGAAUGAAGCAGUUUCUCCCUGCCAAAUCCGCGGAGCACGAGGAAACCCCCGUUCGCUACAGUAGCAGUGAAGUUAACCACCUGAGUCCCAGAGAAGUCACCACGAUGCUGCAGACGGACUCUGCAGAGUAUGCCCAGCCGCUUGUGGGAGGGAUUGUUGGCACACUUCAUCAGAGGUCUACCUUUAAACCAGAAGAAGGAAAGGAAACAGGCUAUGCUGACCUAGAUCCUUACAACUCCCCCGUGCAAGAAGUUUAUCAUGCCUACGCAGAACCACUCCCAAUUACUGGGCCCGAGUACGCAACCCCGAUCGUCAUGGAUAUAUCGGGGCACACCACAGCUUCGGUGGGUCUGCCCUCAACGUCCACUUUCAAAGCUACAGGGAACCAACCUCCUCCUCUGGUGGGAACAUACAACACUCUUCUCUCCAGGACUGACAGCUGCUCCUCAGCCCGGGCCCAGUAUGACACCCCAAAAGGUGGCAAGCCAGGUCCAAGCGCCCCAGACGAAUUGGUGUACCAGGUGCCACAGAGCACGCAGGAGGUGUCAGGAGCAGGGAGGGAUGGUGACAGGGACGUUUUUAAAGGAAUCCUUUGAAGGUGAUGCUACUUUUUACAAAGCAUCGUUUUAAAGCACAUGGUCCUUUUUUUUUUCCUAUUAGUCGUAGUAAUAUAUAGAAUGUAUUACAUAUCUGUCACGGAUGUAGUUGGGGGAAAUGUGAUGACCGAGGUACAGGAAACUACUAAUCUUGCCAUCUUGCUUUAAAAGUGUUAUUGUGGCAGUUACUGCUUGCGUGUUAAAUUUCGAACAUCCUGUUUGUUACUACUGUAAAACACUAUUUUUAAUACAGAAAAAGCUCCCUACUAUGCACUUCAAAGAAAUUAAAAAUCACUGAGAGUAAGUAUUUAUUACCAAUGCUGCAGGUACAUUUGAUGAACUCAAGAGAUGGCUUUAUAAGCCUGACUGGCAAUAAUGCAUGGUACUGUUCUUGAAAUGUCUAAUGGCUUGAAUUCUGCUCUUUGUGAAAGGCUGGUACUAGCAUGAUCUCCUCCCCUUCUAUUCCUGUAUUUCUUUCUGGAUUUUUUUUUUUAAACAGUGAUAUAUAAUCAUUGUUUUGAUUGCAGUCAUACAUAUUUAUUCAUUUUUCCUUGGGAAGAGGUGAGAAACUCUGACUUAUAAUGAGCAGGGUGAUUGAUUUUCACUUUUUGACACUCAUGGUACACAGCCUGGCAGGACUCCUCCCUGUCUCUUCUGCAGGGGCCUUGGUGGCCUGCUCUACUCUUUUUAUUUUUUUUAU